AUGGACGACGACAUCAACGUUCAACUUGAGCGCCACUUGCGCAUGCCUGCCAUAACCACUCGACAUGAAUUCAUGGCAGCCGUGAACCCAUUACCAUCUCCAGCCCUCCAUCGUCAACUGCGCAUGAGAGUCUUCGACGUGAAACCUGCCUUCAGGUUCAACGAACCCAACACGCAAUAUGGAACGAGAGUGAGCUUGACGGAUAUGGCAGCGACAGAACAAACAAUAUCAAGACUACGCCUGCUCAGCCAAACGGAGCGCGAAGCGUUCAUCGUCAGAAUGAUGAUUUUCGACAUCCAGUUCCGCGCGAACCCAGCUCCGAGCGAUGUGAUUCCACGAUUGAUUGUGGGCGAGUUGCAUCUUUGA